GUACGGUCCAGCUGCGGGCGGGAAACAGCAGUGACGUCAUUUGAGCGCAGCAGCAAACAUGGCGACCUACGGGAGAGUGUAGCUAAGUAACAAAAAGCAUCCCGUGUUUGUGGUACAAACCAGAAGAUUGCGUUUUGUUCUGCAGGUGAUUUCUGCUCUCUGAGCCGUGGAGCAACAGGAUGGCUGGAAAAUCGGGGGACCGGUUCAAGGCCGGAGAGCUGGUGUUCGCCAAGAUGAAGGGCUUCCCUCACUGGCCCGCCAGGAUCUGUAAAUCAGAAGCAGGCUACAAGAAGCGAGUCCCAGUCUACUUCUUUGGGACCCAUCAGAUAGGCUCCGUCCCGCCGGAGAACGUGGUUCCGUACAUCGGGAACAAGCUCAAGUAUGGCAGCGGCGUUCGCAUCAAGGGCUUCACUGAGGGCAUGUGGGAGAUCCAGAACUCACCCGGACUGGGCAGCAAACUCAAAGUACCCGGAAAGAUCAGCUCUAAUAUGACACCAGUAAGACCAGCCCCUGCUAGCAAACCCACACCAGUAAAACCAGCUCGAUCCGGAACUCCUCCAGCUAGACCAAGGGGAUCCCCCACCUCCAGCAGAUCUGUCGCUGACAUGAGCUCCCCAAACAGAGUCUCGGGUGUCAUGGAGACGUCUGUGAAAUCCAGCACCAGAUCUUCAUCUAGACUAGCUCCAGAACAACAUCCGGAGUCCCGCCAGGUCAGUGAACCAGAGGAACACUCCACCUCCACGAGGAGCAGGAGGUCAGUGAGCGGUGGUCCUGCUGCAGAACAAAGAGAGAGGACGAGUCCAGGGGAGAUAAAGACGGAGACCAGAUCAAACAGAACGUCUGAUAGAAAACCUGCAGCUGAAGCUCCACCUGAAGUCCCGUCAGCCCCCAGGCUGGUCGGAACACCGAAGAGGUCCGAUGCUGCAGAGGCGGAAGAAGCUGCUGCGACAGGGAGGGUGUCCACCCGGAGCAAAGGGGUGGAGUCUAAGGUGGGGUCAAACAAACCUGAAGCUGAGGCUCCACCUGAAGUCCUAUCAGCCCCCAGGCUGGCUGGAGCACCAGAGAGGAUUGAGGAAGCUGCUGCUGCAGGUCGAGUUUCCACCCGGAGCAGAGGGGUGGAGUCUAAGCUCGAUGGUGUCCCUUCUGUAGCCACGCCUCGGAAAAAGAGGAAGGAGGAGGAAAACGAAGAGAGCCGGGAGGCCAAGAGGAAGAAAGAAGAGGCAGCUGAAAAAAAGGAGGUGCAGAACAAAACCAGUCAGAGCAGUAGUGAAGAAACGAAAGGAGAAACAAUAGAAGAGAUGUCAGAAAACCGAGGAGUAAAAAGAAAAACAGAGGACACAAUGGAGAAAAGAAGAGAGGGAAUAAAGACAAGAAAGGUCGAGAAAGAUGAGGAGAAACCCAAGGGACUGAUAGCGAGAGAGGAAACAACUGAGAAGGAAAAGGAGAGAAUACAAACAAGUAAAACUGAAAAAGAGGACACAAUUGAGGUAACAAGAACAAGGAGUGCAGAGAGAGACAUGGAGAAAACAGAGGAGAAACGGGAGGGAAUAAAGGCAAGAAUAGCUGAGGACAAAGAACAGAAGCAGGUAGAAAACAAGAAAGCAAAAGUAGAGAAGGCCAGAACGAGGAAAGAAACAGAAAAGGCGGUGCAACAGGAGAGGGAGGUGGAUGCUACAGAAGGAAAGACAGAGGUGAGCCACGAAGCAAAGAGGAGGGGAGAAGGGGAAAAGAAGGCACAGCAGAAAGGGAAACAGGAUCAAGGGGUAGAAGCGGAGAAGAAGAGAGAAACGUCAAGUAGUCCAGAGGUGGAGGAAGAGAAGAAAGCAGAGGAGGGGAACGAUGACCAGCAACAUCACCAGCUGGCGGCCCAGAGAGAGAGCCUGCUGAAGUCUCUGAGAGGUCUGCUGAAGACCAAGGACCCCACCAAGAAGUCCACCAAAGAGACUACUAAGAAGGCCACCAAGGACCCCUCCAAGGAGUAUAUAAAGCAGACUAGCAAGGAGGUCACCAAAGGGACUACAAAGAAGAUCACAGAGGACACCUCCAAAGAGGCUGCCAUUCUAAGCGCUAAGGAGGCUACUAAUAAGACCACCAAGGAGGCUCCCAAACAAUCUACCAAGGAGACCUCCAAGGGAAAUGUCAAGCAAACUACCAAGAACACCACCCAGGGGUCAUCCAAGCAGUCCAGCAAGGACAGUGCCAAGCAUACAAGCAAGGACACCCCCAAGGACUCCUACAAGCAGUUCACCAAGGAGACCUCAAUACAGUCCACUAAGAACAUCACCAAGGAGUCCUCCAAACAGUCUGCCAAGGAGACUGCUAAGCAGACUAACAAGGACACCACUACGGAGUCUUCAAAACAGUCUGCCAAGGAGACCACUAAGGAGUCCUCCAAACAGUCUCCCAAUGAGGCUGUUAAGAAAACUAGUAAGGACACCACCAAGGAGUUCUUGAAGCAGUCUGCUAAGGACACUCUUAAGGGGUCCACCAAGGAGUCAGCUAAGCAGUCUGCCAAGGAGACUGCUAAGCAGACUAACAAGGACAACACUAAGGAACACUCUGCCAAGGACACCCUCAAAGAGUGCUCGAAGCAGUCUGUCAAGGACAUGACCAAGGAGUCCUUGAAGCAGUCUGCCAAAGACACCAACAAGGAGAUCUUAAAGCUGUCUGCCAAGGACCCCACCACGGAGUCCUUAAAGCAAUCCAUCAAGGACAAUAACAAGGAGUCUUUGAAGCAGUCUGCCAAGGACACCAACAAGGAGUCCUUGAAGGAGUCUACCAAGGACACCAACAAGGAGUCCUUGAAGCAGUCUGCCAAGGACACCAACAAGGAGUCCUUGAAGCAGUCUUCCAAGGACACCAACAAGGAGUCCUUGAAGCAGUCUACCAAGGACACCAACAAGCAGUCCUUGAAGCAGUCUUCCAAGGACACCAACCAGCAGUCCUUUAAGCAGUCUUCCAAGGACACCAACAAGGAGUCCUUGAAGCAGUCUGCCAAGGACACCAACAAGGAGCCCUUGAAGCAGUCUGCCAAGGACACCAACAAGGAGUCCUUGAAGCAGUCUGCCAAGGACACCAACAAGGAGUCCUUGAAGCCUUCUGCCAAGUACACCAACAAGGAGUCCUUGAACCAGUCUUUCAAGGACACCAACAAGGAGUCCUUGGAUCAGUCUGCCAAGGAUCCCACCAAGGAGUCCUUGGAUCAGUCUGCCAAGGACCCCACCAAGGAGUCCUUAAAGCAAUCCAUCAAGGACAAUAACAAGGAGUCUUUAAAGCAGUCUUCCAAGGACACCAACAAGGAGUCCUUGAAGCAGUCUGCCAUGGACACCAACAAGGAGCCCUUGAAGCAGUCUGCCAAGGACACCUACAAGGAGCCCUUGAAGCAGUCUGCCAAGGACACCAACAAGGAGUCCUUGAACCAGUCUUUCAAGGACCCCACCAAGGAGUCCUUGGAUCAGUCUGCCAAGGACCCCACCAAGGAGUCCUUAAAGCAAUCCAUCAAGGACAAUAACAAGGAGUCUUUAAAGCAGUCUUCCAAGGACACCAACAAGGAGUCCUUGAAGCAGUCUGCCAUGGACACCAACAAGGAGCCCUUGAAGCAGUCUGCCAAGGACACCUACAAGGAGUCCUUGAAGCAGUCUGCCAAGGACACCAACAAGGAGCCCUUGAAGCAGUCUGCCAAAAACACUACCAAGGAGACCUCCAAAGAGACAACCAAGGAGUCCACUAACGAAUCCACCAAGGACCCUCUGAGAGCAGGAGGAGAGAAGACAUCUGAAAUGAAGAUGAGGAAAAAAGGACAAGAGGAGGAACAGGUGGUCAGCCCAAAGGGGACAGGAGAAAAAAUGGUAGCGAAAGAUUGGAUGAAGACAGAGAUGAACAUCAAAACAGAGACACGAGAGAGUGAGAAGAGGUCCACCAGGAGUUUAACAGCAGAGAGGAGACAAGAUGAACAUAAGACCGGUGAGACAGAGACAUUAAAAGAAGAUCAAGGCGACGGGAAGGACAGAGGAGCGUCUACCCUGAAGAUGACUUCAAAGAGGAAGAAAAAUGUAAAUCAGGAUGAGAGCAAAACAGUCAAAAUGUCCACCAGAAAGUCAACAGUAGAGAUGAAAAAAGAUGGACAGAAGACAGAGGAAGGUGACAAAAUGAAACCAUCAGAGAACAGUAGAAAAGAGAGACGAGAUGAAGAGAAGGAGGAAAGGAGUAAAGUAACAGAGAAGAGAGACACUGAGACGGAGGAGAAAAUGUCCACCAGAGGGUCAACAGCAGAGAAGAAAUCAACUGACCUGAAGAAGGAUGAACAGAGAACAGAAAAAGACAAGAAGACAAAAGAGAAUAAACAGAAGGUGGAGGAUACGGAAAAAAACGAGGGAACAAAAGAGAAGAAAGAUGAGGAUGGCAAGAGGGAUGAGACAAGACAGGAGAAAGAUGAGAGAAAAAUAAUCGGAAAGAUUGUUAAAGCGAGUGGAGGGACAAAGAUCCAUGUAAAGACGAUGAUGGGUGGAGCAGCAGAGGAGGAGAAGAGGACUUCUGAAGGAGAGAACAGAGGAGACACAGAGGAAAAGGAAAGGAAGAGCAAAAAAGACUCUGAGACGGAGGACAAAACAGGCAGGAGGAAAGAGGAGGAGGGCAGGAAGAACAAAGGAGAGGACACAACUGAUGGAAAGAAGGAGAAGAAAGAGAAGACAGACAUAGAGAAAAGAACUCGAGGACAGAGAAAGAGACACAAAGAAGAGACGCAUACCAAAGAGGAGAAACCCUCAUCAGGACGACCAGAGAGAGGACAGAAGAGCAGCAAGGAGACAAGAAGCAACACUGUCAAAGUGGACAUGUCCACAGGGGAUGGGUCCACACCCAGAGAAGUAGAGGAGAAGACAGCACAGGAAGUUAGACCAGAAACAGAACCGGUGGAGGAGAAGAACACGUCUCUGACGGACUCCACCCUGCAUCGGAUCCACGGAGACAUCCGGAUCGCUCUGAAAACAGGCACCCCUGACAUCAGGAAGUGUCUGGCGGCGCUGGACCAGCUCAGCAUGCUUUAUGUGACGUCCCAACACAUCCAGAACCACAGUGAACUGGUCUCCACCCUCAGGAAGAUGCGGUACUACCGGGCCAACCAGGCCAUCAUGGACAAAGCCUCCAUGCUCUACAACCGCUUUAAGAAUGCCUUCCUUGUGGGGGAGGGGCAGGAGGUGGUGAGCGCUGCCUUCCUUCGCUCGCUACUGGAGGAGAAGGAGCGGGAGCAAGAGGAGCAGCAGGCGACUCAGCCGGACUCGUCCUGAAGACCCAACCCCCUCCGAUCCGAGGGCGGGGUCUCCUAACCGCACACCCCUGUGUGUGACCUCACACCUGGACAUUUAUGAUCAACGCCACUCCGCAUUAACCAGAUCAGCCUGUAUUUAAUGGUUUCUAUUUUAAAUCCUCCUCCUGAACACUCACCCACUUCCUGUUUAAGUCCCGCCCAGCCCAGAGGGAGGGGCUGAUGGGAAAUGUGGUUCUUAGUUUUGUGAAUAGACUUGAAGCUUUAACCGGUAAACCUGUACAGGAAGAUUUUAUCAUCACACCGAGACAGAUGUUUACAGAUGUUGUUUUAAGGUGCUUUUUACUGUCUGGGUUUUUCACUGCGUUUCAUAAACUUGACUGAUGAACGUAAA